AUGGCGCACAGCUGUCGGUGGCGGUUCCCCGCUCGGCCCGGAGGGAGCAGCAACUCCGGUACCGGGAGGAGAGCAGGCCGAAUCAGGGUCACCGCAUCUCUCCGGAGCAUCCCGGGGACCCACCCUAACUUGGCCGGCCUCGGACCCGGGUUUGAUGCUGCACUACAGGUCUCCUCUGUUAUCGGCAGCAACCUGCAGAAAUUUCGGGAUGUUUUGGGGGAAUCGAGUGACUCGAGCAGCGGGGAGGAAGAAGCAUUUGGAGGAUUUGGAGCAGUCACUGAGCACAAAAGAAUACAGAGUCCCUCAACAGCCUCUGCAGCAGGUCCCCCCAUACAGGAAAAGAAGCCCCGAGGCCGUCCCCCACGGGCCCUGACUGCCCAGAAAGCUGCUGCAGGUCUCCUCCCCACGUCCUCCCUUGCUUCUCCCACACAGGGAAAAUCAGAGGGCCCUGAACGGCCGUCUGAGGUCAAACGGCUGCCUGGGAGGCCGCCUGGCUCUGGGGAGAAGAGGAGAGGUCGUCCACCAGCCUCAAGCAGUCAAAAACCUUGGCAUACUGGCAGCCAUGCAGCAAGGGAGGACAGCAGACAGGCUGGGUCUGAGCUGGGUAUGGACACAGAAGGGGAGAAGGACAGAAAGGGUGCCAAGAGGAUGCCAUUGGGCUCUGCUCAGCAGCAGGACACUGAGGCGAAGCUACCCAAAGGUGGGCGGGGUGAAUCCAAAGUUACCAAGCUGAAGCGGCUCAGAGAGGUCAAACUUGACCCUCUCAAGUCACGGCUCAAGGCCUUGCCUGGUGUACCCCGACGUAGACGCGGGCGACCGCCAUCUGCUGAGAGGCUCAAAGCUGAGGCUGCUGCCGCCGCCGCCGCCGCCGCUGCAGCUGCCCAGCUGUCCGCCUCCUCUGAAUCUGUGGAGGGGAAACACAAGGCCUUCAGGGCCAGAGGGGACAAAGGCACAGACUCGCACACUCCCCAGCAGCCCAUGCUCAGGAAUGCAGAUGCUGCUGAGCUCCAGGACUCUUCCAGUCCCCCUGCCUCCCCAUCUCCCUCCAAGCGGGGCAGGCCACUGGGUCUCAGGCAAAGCCCUCGGCAUAUAAAGCCUGUCAGAAUCGUCCCCCCUUCCAAACGCACUGAUGCAACCAUUGCAAAGCAGCUGCUGCAGCGUGCAAAGAAAGGAGCUCAGAAGAAGAAGCUACUGGAGAAAGAAGCAGUAGCCAUCGCUGGGAGUGGGGCAGGGGCCAUUGAUGCUGGCAUCAGGAGGAGGAGGAGGACCCAGCUGAAGAACAUCAGACAGUUUAUCAUGCCUGUAGUCAGCACAGUUUCCCUUCGCAUCAUCAAAACCCCCAAGCGCUUCAUUGAAGACGAGGGCAGUUUUGGAAGCCCACCACACCACAUAAAGAUGGCACGGUUAGAAAUGACUCCUUCAUCUGUUUCCACAUCUACUCAACCCACAUCCACCACCUCCUCUUCACCCUCUCCUGUCCUGGUCUCGUCUACAGCUGCUGUUACUAGUACUGGGACAGCUGCUCCGAUUGAUUCCCUCCCUCCUCCUACACCCUCUGCCCCCAUACCCAGUGUCCCCUCUACAGCAGCCAGUCUGCUCAACAGCAACACCAGUAACACCAAUGGGCGUUUUGGUAGUAGUGCGGCCUCCUGUGGCUCGAGUGCCCUGUCGCAGCAUUCCUCCCAGCUCUCUUCUGCAGAGUCUUCCAGAUCCAGCAGCCCCAGCUUGGAUGACUCAUCGUGCGACUCUCAGGGUUCAGAGGGUACACAGGCCCUGUCUGAGCCAGAGGACCACUCCCCAUCCUUCCAGGGGGAGAGGGAGGCCAACCUGUUACACAGCUCACAGCCCUCCUCCCCUCCCUCUGAACCGGAACCAGAACAUGUGGUGUUGGUAGAGAGGGGACGGCGAGGUCGGAGAGGCCAUGGGGUGGGCCGGGGAAGUCUCAGCCAAAGGGGGAGAGGUACUCUGACCACUGGGGCUAAGAAGCCCAUCAUUAGCCCAGCAACAGGAGUAUUGAUGUCUUCCUCUGCCCUUGUAAGUUCCCAGCAAGCUUCAUCCACAGCUUCCUCUUCCUCUUCUCCUCCACCUCCCCCUCUCCUUACUCCUCCACAGCCCCUCCAAUCAUCUUCCUCCAAUGCGGCUGCUAUAAGCGAGCACCACCCCCAGUCACCCUGGAUCAUGCCCCACCCCAUCACUCCUUUCCUCUCUGGACCCUCAGUGCUUUCCAGUUUGCAGGACAAACGUAGUCGGUCCAUCUUGAGAGAGCCCACCUUCCGUUGGACAUCCCUGUCCCGUAAUGAACAGCAGUACUUCUCCUCUGCUAAAUAUGCCAAGGAGGGCCUCAUCCGCAAGCCCAUAUUUGACAACUUCCGUCCUCCCCCUCUCACUGCUGAAGACGUGGGGCUGAUGCCCCAAGGUGCCAGUGGAGCAGGGGGGGCUGCUCCAGUUGCGUUCCCUGCACCGGGCAGUGGAGCAGGAACAGGGACUCGUCUGUUUGCCCCUCUACAACACCACACCCACCACCAACAUUCCUCCUCAUCCCGCUUUGAAGCACCACUCCAGAAGCGUAGUCCGCUGCUUCGUGCUCCACGCUUUACACCCAGUGAGGCCCACUCUCGGAUCUUUGAGUCUGUCACCCUGCAGUCAUCCUCUGGGAGCAGCCCUGGCUCUCUCUCCCCUCAUCAGUCCUCUUCUAGCUCCACUAGAGCCUCCCGGCGCAGAAGAAGGCGGACCUUGGGCACCCUACAUGGCCAACCACGGUCUCCCUCUCACUCAAUGACCAGACGCAGCAGCCAAAUAGGAGGCCAGAUGUCUGUGGGGAAAAGUUCCUCUGAACUGCCUAUAUUGACAGGCUCUGUCUCAAGUAGUAACCCCAGCUCUUUGCCAGGAGUGUCAGCCACUCCACUAGCCACUAGUGCCUUAACUCCUGCUCCUUUCAGCACCUUCUCCACUGGACCCUUGGGCCCAGCCUCACAUGGGGCCCCUGACAGCAGGAGAGGAGCUGCCGGAAAUCCGGCCUCUUCAUCCACUACGUCCUCUUCUUCUUCCCAACUCUUCCCUCUCUUCCCUUCCAGUGCCCAGGAGACGGGGCGAGGUGCAGGGAAAGGAGGGAGAGAGAGAAGCACGUCAGCUUCCCAGGAAUCUGCUCCAAAGGAAAAAGAAAGGGAUUCUGAGAAAAGCAGAGAGAAAGAGAAGGAGAAUAAGAAAGAGGGCAGGAAGGAAUGGGAGAAAAGAAGUAAGGCUUCUACACCGGAUGGCUCUCCUAAUGCAGCUUCCAGCCUCUUUACUGUGGAUGGUAGGGACACAGAAGAUGCUCUGGUAUCUCUUGCUCCUAAAAAGACUCCAGGGAGAAAGAAAUCCACGUCAGUUGACUCUGUUUCUGACACUGCUUCUACAGAGAAGGGUGGACUCCAUUCCACUGCUCCCUUGCCCUUCGUUAAAGGACGCCUACAUAAGAAAGGGAGACCGUCGGAGAAGGAGGAUGGGGAGAAAGAGAGGGAGAAACAAAGUGCCCCUAGCCAGCAGACAACAGGCCUUCCAGGGCAGCCAGGCAGACAACAGCUUCCUGCCCCUUCUCUCGGGUCCAUGUUGGCACAUGCAGAGAAACAGCCUGUGACCGACAAGCGGGUAGUUGGCCUACUGAAGAAGGCCAAAGCCCAACUUUUCAAAAUAGAGAAGAGCAAGUCGCUGAAGUCUCCAGACCAGCCAAAGGUUCAGGGUCAGGAGAGUGACUCGUCAGAGACAUCAGUCCGUGGUCCACGCAUCAAGCAUGUGUGUCGUCGUGCAGCUGUGGCCCUGGGCCGUAACCGGGCAGUGUUCCCCGAUGACAUGCCCACACUCAGUGCCUUGCCGUGGGAGGAGAGAGAGAAGAUCCUAUCUUCCAUGGGGAAUGAUGACAAGUCAUCAGUUGCGGGCUCAGAGGAGGCGGAGCCCCAGUCCCCUCCCAUAAAGCCAAGAGAGACACGGCAUAAAGCCAUCCAAGAAGCCCCUCCCAAGAAGGGACGUCGGUCACGGCGCUGUGGCCAGUGUUCAGGCUGCCAGGUUCCUGAGGACUGCGGUGUCUGCACCAACUGUCUUGACAAGCCCAAAUUUGGAGGACGCAACAUCAAAAAGCAGUGCUGCAAGAUAAGGAAGUGUCAGAACUUGCAGUGGAUGCCCUCAAAGAUGUUUCUCCAGAAGCAAGGCAAAGGCAAGAAGGAUAAGAAGAAGAACAAGCUGUCUGAAAAGAAGGAGGGCCUCAAUCCUGUCAAGGGACUGAACUCCGACUCUGGCGUCAAACCAGCUUCUGCACCACCAAAAGAGGAGCCUCCCCGCAAGAAGAGUGAGACUCCCCCCCUGAAGCCCGGAGAGGAGAAGUCUAGACAGCAGCAGUCUUCUCCAGCCCUCACAUCUUCCCCCGCCCCAAAUGAGUCCCCACAGACCCCCAGCACAGUAACAGCCCAGGCCCCGAUCCCGGCUCUGACACCGGACCCCAAACAGCUCUCAGCCCCUGGUAGUGCAACAAGUAGGAAGGGGCACAAAUCACAGCAGCCCCUCCCCCCCACCUCCUCCACCACAUCCACCUCAUCCUCUUCAUCUUCUUCGUCCUCCUCCUCAUCGUCAUCAGCCCAGAACUCCCCCUCCCCAUCAACACAAUCUCAUCAACCAUCCCAGCAGCAGCACCGCACAUCAGCCAGUCAGGCACCUCCAAAAAAGGAUGCCACGCCCAAGAUUCCACCAAGUGAGCCCAAGAAAAAGAGCCAGCAGCAGUCAUCGCAACAGCAGAGCUCUGCCGCAACUGUUCCAGAUCUAGCCCUUGAAUUAAAACCACAGAAGAAACUCACUCCUCGCUCGCUUCCUCCACCUACUAAACAGAGACCAAAAGACAAGCCACUACCCACCAAACCCCCCAGCAGCAGUACUUUAAACUGGCUGAGCACUCCCUCGACGGUGGGCCAGGUGAAGCCCAGAGCGCCCUGCGACGGAGUGCAUCGUAUCAGAGUGGAUUUCAAGAGGGACCAUGAUGUGGAGAAGGUGUGGGAGGCUGGCGGCCUCAGCCUGCUCACCUCUGUGCCUGUCACACCCAGGGUGCUCUGCUUCCUGUGUGCCAGCAGUGGAAAUGUUGAGUUUGUCUUCUGCCAGGUUUGCUGUGAACCUUUCCAUCUCUUCUGCCUGGGGGAGACAGAGCGCCCCCUCCAGGAGCAGUGGGAGAACUGGUGUUGUCGUCGAUGCCGUUUCUGCCAGGCCUGUGGGCGCCAGCACCAGAAAACUAAACAACAGCUGCUAGAGUGCGAUAAGUGCCGUAACAGCUAUCACCCGGAGUGCCUGGGUCCCAACCACCCUACCAGACCCACCAAGAAGAAGAGAGUCUGGGUUUGCACUAAGUGUGUGCGCUGUAAGAGUUGUGGAGCCACUAAACCGGGGAAAUCCUGGGAUGCCCAGUGGUCACAUGACUUCUCCAUGUGUCAUGACUGUGCCAAACUCUUUGCUAAAGGGAACUUCUGCCCGCUGUGUGAUAAGUGCUAUGAUGAUGACGACUACGACAGCAAGAUGAUGCAGUGUGGCCGCUGUGACCAUUGGGUUCAUGCCAAGUGUGAGAACCUGACAGAUGAAAUGUACGAGCUGCUGUCAAAGCUGCCAGAGAGUGUCGCCUACACUUGCACCAACUGUACAGAGCGCCAUCCGGCCGAGUGGAGAACAGCCUUGGAGAAGGAGCUGCAGGGCUGCGUUCGCCACGUCCUCAAUGCACUGCUCAACUCACGCACCUCCACACACCUGUUACGCUACAGACAGGCGGUGAAGCCUCCGGAGUUGAACCCUGAGACGGAGGAGAGUCUCCCAUCCCGUCGCUCCCCUGAAGGUCCAGACCCCCCAGUCCUGACUGAAGUCACCCCCUCACCUCCCAGUGACUCUCCUCCAGACCUGGAGUCAGUUGAGAAGAAGAUGGAUCAAGGCCGCUACAAGUCAGUGCUGGAAUUCAGUGAUGACAUCGUGCGGAUCAUUCAGACAGCUAUCAACAGUGACGGUGGGCAGCCUGAGAGCAGAAAGGCCAAUAGCAUGGUCAAGUCCUUCUUCAUUCGGCAAAUGGAGCGAAUCUUCCCAUGGUUCAAGGUUAAAGAGUCCAGGUUCUGGGAAACGCAAAAAGUCUCUGCCAAUGGUCUCCUCCCCAAUGCUGUGCUGCCUCCAUCCCUGGACCACAACUACGCCCAGUGGCAGGAGAGAGAGGAGCUCUCCCGCUCUGAGCACCCGCUCCUCAUGAAAAAGAUUAUCCCAGCUCCCCGGCCCAAGACGCCUGGAGAACCAGACUCUCCAGCUUCCUCUCCUCCACUCCAUCCAUCUCUACCCCCACCACUCCCGCUGCUACCUGACCGUGAAGACAGCCCAGAGCUCCCUCCUCCACCAGGCGUGAGUGAUAACAGGCAGUGCGUUCUGUGUCUAAAGUAUGGAGACGAGAACACAAAUGAGGGCGGCCGGCUGCUGUACAUUGGGCAGAAUGAGUGGACCCACGUGAACUGUGCUCUGUGGUCUGCUGAGGUGUUUGAGGACGACGACGGCUCUCUGAAGAAUGUUCACAUGGCUGUUCUCAGGGGAAAACAGCUGCGCUGUGAGAAGUGUCAAAGGCCAGGGGCCACGGUGGGCUGCUGCCUCACCUCUUGCACCAGUAACUACCACUUCAUGUGUGCCCGGCAGUGCCACUGUGUCUUCCUGGAGGACAAGAAGGUCUACUGCCCGAGGCACAGAGACCUAAUCAAGGGAGAAGUGGUGUCUGGAUUUGAGGUGACCCGCAGGAUCUUGGUGGAUUUGGAGGGCAUUAGCCUUAGGAGGAAGUGGCUGGCAGGACUGGAGCCUGAAAAUGUCCACAUGAUGAUAGGUUCCAUGACUAUUGAUUGCCUGGGGAUACUGACAGAACUCUCAGACUGCAAGCGCAAACUCUUCCCUAUAGGAUACCAGUGUUCUAGGGUGUACUGGAGCACGUUGGAUGCCCGUAAGCGUUGUGUCUACACAUGUAGGAUCCUUGUUUGUCGCCCUCCAGUGGUAGAGUCUGAUCUGAAGAGCAUGAUGGCUCCUGAGGAGAAUCGUACCAUAGCACACAGCCCUCCUCCUGUGGCAGAUAAAGACUUUCCUGAUCCAUUUGACUCCCCAAGGCGCUCUGAUGCCCUUUCCCCUGCCAACACCCCCAAACUCAGGGUUUAUACCAGAAACCGACACCCCAGCUAUCCUCCUUGUCAGCGCUCACCAGGUCCCAGACCCAUGCCCUCUCCAGGAGGCUCGACACAGUCCCAAAGCCAUGAGAUUGUGACAGUCGGUGACCCGCUGCUGAAUCCAGGCAUGCGAAACAUUGGCUCACGACGCCACAGCACCCCUUCUCUCUCCCCUCCUCCCCACCAGCUCAACAGACAGAAAGGGGUGACCUCCCCCCCACAGACCUUGUCACGACCCCUUACCUCACCCCCUCCUGUCAUCCCCUCCCCUGCCAGAGAUCCUGAGAAAGUCAGACACCCUAAUAAAGAUUCAAUCCAAAGGGAUGGUGAGAGAGGAAGAUUUCCCUGCAUAGACAGGAACAGAUCACAGCCAUCAAGAGACCAAGGCCUCAGAGACACAGACAAGGGGAGAAUGUCAGGCAGAGACCAAGCAUCUAAGGAUUCUGAAAAGAAUAGAUUAUCUCGAGAACUUGGGCAGAAAGAUUCUGACAAGGGGAAACUACCCUCCAAAGAGCCAGAAAAGGGGAGACCGUUGAGUAAAGACGCAAGUCUGAGAGAGACUGAAAGGGGAAGACCACUUAGUAGAGACAGCUUUAGGGAUUCGGAGAAGGGGAGACAAGCAAACAGAGACCCUGAGAAGGGGAGACAGGCUAGCAGGGAGUCAAGCAAUAGAGAUACAGACAAGGGCAAACCAACCUCCAGAGAUCCCAAUUACAAGGACACUGAAAAAGGUAGGUCACUUAGUAGAGAUGCAGGGCUUAGGGACACUGAGAAGCAUAGACAGUAUAGCAGGGAUGCAGAUAGAGGAAAAGACCCAGGCCAAGGUAAAGACAGACCUUCUAGCAGAGACUCUGACAAGGGCAGACCUCCUUCAAGAGAGUCUAGUCAGAGAAACAAAGACUCUGGCUCAGGGAAAGACAAUAACCCCAACAGUCAGUCCAAACAAGCUGGAGGUGAGGGUAAGAGCCCCAGACUGGCACCUGCAGGCUCAGGCCAGUCCUCUCCUCCCAUGGGCACUGCGGUUCUCACGGGUCAACAGAGAGGUGGCAGCUCCAAACAGACAGACAAGCAGGGAAAACAGGGAGGCAAAGACCCGGAUGUCUCAGCUAGCCUCGGUUUGUUGCCUCGCCACCGAUCCACUUCCACCUCCAACAGCACCCAGCCUAAGGAAAAACCCAACCCAGCAAAGGACAGCAGUGUUGGGACUGGGUCUUCCAUACCAGCCCCUCUCCACAAGGACUCAGUUGUUGGAAAAUCCAUUUCCCCACAGCCUUCAUUCCAGAAAACCAGUGCACGGAAAUCAAAUGAUUACUCAUCAGGUUCAGCCCCUGCUGCAGCCAUGAAACCACUGUGGUCAUCAAGGGCACCAGCAGAAGAUGAAAUUAUCAAACGAAGCUCCUCCCAUCAGACCUCUCCAGCUAUGGCCCCAGCUGCCAAAGACAAACACUCCAAAGGUAAGACAGGGAGCAGCAGAGAGGUUUCCAAAGACCGUGACAGAGAGAAGACUCUCCACAACAGCAACAGCAGCAACAAAAAUCCCCUUCUUAAUAACAAUACUAAAGGGACUGGCAGCUCCAACACACAUGCUCAAAACCCCAGCUCUCGUAACAGUGGCAAUAGCAAAGCUCCCACGAUGGGAAACAGCACCAAAGCCCAGGGAAAGGCUCAGGUGGAGAAGCUGGAGAACCAGGGAGGAGACAGGUCAUCCUCUAAGAGCAGAGAAAGCUUCUCCGGUCCUGAGAGAAAGAACAGCUCCAGUCUGGACAACUUACAGCAGCUGCAGCAGGCUGGUUUAGCUCCAGAGAGAGGAGUGAAGACCUCCUCCCAAUCACACACCAAACCAACAAUUAAUCAGCUGUCAUUGUCCUCUAGAGACAAAAAGAGACCAGUCAAACCCCCCUCUGUAACUCCAGCAAAGACUGAUGUUAAGACUGACCCUAAUGGGACCAGCACUUCCUCUUCCUGCUCCAGCACCAGCACCACCUCUACAGUCUCUCCUGCUGGCCAGGGGACCCGUCGGUCUGCCCGCUCUGCUCUCUUCUCCUCACCCUCUGCCAGCAGCAGUGACAGCUCUGAAUCUGACACCCAAACCCCACUAGAGGAGGAUGAACAGCGCAAAGAGCACUCACGCAGUGAUCACCGAGACCACCACAGCCUCCUUGCACAGGGCACUGGAGACGAAGGGGAUGGACCAGAAGAUGACCAUGACAGAGGUAUUGAUGAUAAGCAUCAUGAGGAUGACAGUGAUGGAUCAGGCUCUGCCAAGCGGCGUUACCCUCGACGCAGUGCACGUGCACGUCACAACAUGUUUUUUGGCCUCACACCAUUUUAUGGUGUUCGCUCAUAUGGUGAGGAGGACCUCCCGUUCUAUGGCAGUGGGGAUGGAGCAGGAGGCGUGGUGAAGAAGAGGACUGGUGGCAGCAGGAGGUCCGCUGAGGGGCAGGUGGAUGGAGCAGAUGAUAUGAGUACCUCCUCUUCUUCAGGGGACAGUGGAGAGGAUGAAGAGGGUGGGAUGAAACAGAGGGGUAAAGAUCCCUACUAUUACAACUUUACUCGAACAAUCAUUAACCCUGGUGGGGGCCUACCCUCUAUAGAGGGGAUAGACCAGUGUCUUGGAAGGGGCUCCCAGCUCCAGCGCUUCCUCAAAGAUGAGGAGCAGCAGCAACAGCGGGGACAAGGAAGAGCUGGAGAUGACGUACUAAGUAGUAUGAGCUUGGGCAAGCAGCAGAUUGGCCAGCUUGAUGGUGUUGAUGAUGGAUCAGAGAGUGAUGCCAGCAUCUGUACUACCAGCACUACAACCACUACAGCCACCUCCUCUUCCACCCCACAUAAGAGUACUCCCAAAAGGAGGGGCAGAGAAAGACAUACAGAGAAACUGGAUUCCCAUGAUUCUGGCAAGGAGGCUGAAAACAGUGGAGGAACAGCAGGAGGAGGGAGUGGUAACAGCAGAGAAAGCAGGAAGAACCAGAAAGACAACUGUCUCCCUCUUGGAGGUGGGGUUAAGUCUCAGCCACAGACUCAGGGUCAAGAUCCUCUGGAGGCCCAGCUGUCCCUCAGCACAGACCUGCUUAAAUCAGACUCAGACAACAACAACAGUGAUGACUGUGGAAACAUCUUGCCAUCAGACAUCAUGGAGUUUGUCCUCAACACACCUUCGAUGUCAAUGCAGGCUCUGGGCCAGCAGCCUGAGCCAUCUUCCUCAGAGCUCCUUCUGGAUGAGGGUUAUGUUGGAGUUGAUGUCAACCGGCGCAAAGACAUCCUGUUUGAGGAUUUUCCCCAGCCGCUGGCCAGUGGAGAGAGUGGAGGGGUUGUUGAGAGUAGUGUGAACAGCUCCAUAUCCGUAGAGGAGCCAUAUGGUCUUCCUCUUGAGCUGCCCUCUGACCUCUCUGUCCUGACCACACGCAGCCCCACUGUGAGCACUGGUCAGAACCAUACUGCUGGGAGUCUCAUCUCAGACACUUCAGAUCGUACCAUGCUGGGCUUGACCUCUGAUCCAGAAACUAUCAGUGGAGAGAAGGGUGGGGACAAGAAGAGAGGGGGGCCAGGAGUGUCACCGUCAGAGAACCAGCAUGAUGGCACAGGUUUGGGAAAUAGGGACACACAGGUGACAGAAGGUCACAUGACUCCAGAACAGUUCAUUCCUAGCCCUGCUAUUGGCCAGGUGGUGGAACCUCCCGGUAACCAGGAUGUUCCAAGGAGUUCUGGCACCCCUGGUCUGCCUAGUUCACCCUCCAUGCCCCCUCAGGUUCAGAAGUAUCUUCCUGCCUCAGCUGCAGCUGCAGGCUGCCCCAGCCCAGUCCCAGGUCCAGGGCCAUCCCAGGCUCAGGUGUCUAGUCCAGCAGUCAUCAAACCAGGCCCAGAAAAGCUCAUUGUGUUCAACCAGCAGUUCCAGCCCCUCUAUGUCCUUCAGACCCUCCCUAAUGGUGUAACCCAAAAGAUCAGUACAGGAGUGAUGGACACCAGUUCUCCAGCAGUGCUGAGCUCCAUGACACUCACCACCGGCUUGAAUACUGGGUUAUCUACAGCCCAGCCGAUAUUCCCUGGGGGCAAAGUCCUUGGCACCAUGCCCCACCACCCUCAGAUUCACACAUUUACAGGAACCACCCAAACAGGCUUUCAGGCUGGAAUCCCCAGCACCACCUCAGGGCUACUAAUUGGGGUGCCCUCCCAGCCUCAUGACCAGUCCCAGAUUCUCGUGUCAGAGGCUGGUCGGCCCCGUGAGUUGGGUCCCAAUGUGGCCAUAGUGUCCAGUCCCUCCUCCCUCUCUUCUUCCCCGGCUGUGCUUGCCUCUGCUCAUGGAAAGAAGAGGCCCAUUUCCCGUCUCCAGCCAAAAAAGACUAAAAAGUUGGCCCGCUCCCGUAGCCAGCCUACUCUGGCUCCAUCUGAUGUUGGACCCCCUCCCAACAUGACCCUCAUCAACUUGUCAUCUCCUCAGAUUACUGCUAGUAUCCCUGGCCAACCAGGUGGUCUGGUUGAGUUAAGUACCCUCUCCACUUCACAGCGCAAGGUCCCCAAUAUUAUCAAGAGACCGAAAUCAGGUGGGGUUAUGUACUUUGAGCCUACCACUCUCCUUCAGCAGAGGAUGCCUAUACCUGCGACUGCUCAGCCUGGCAUCCUGGGUCAUGAUUCUUCUACUCAUCUUCUGCCAUGCACAGUCUCUGGUCUCAGCUCCAAUCAGUCAGUGCUGAAUGUUGUUUCUGUGCCCCCUAGCGGUGCUACAGGCCUUCUUGCUCCAGGUUCAGUCUCACUGUCCACCCCUGUCCUCAGUUCUACCGAGAUCACAGGGCCAAUUAGCAGCCUCCUCUUUAAGGCUGGCCCCCAUGGUUUGGGUCUGUCAGAUCAGCCAAUGGUUCUCCAGUCAGCAGGAGCUCCUUUGAUGUCCCAGCUUAGCUCCCCUGUCCAGACAUCGAUUGCCAGCAGCAUCUGUGUCCUGCCCUCCCAGCAGACCAUCAGCAUGGCUGUCAACCAACAGGGAGAGACAGAAAGCAGCGGUGUCCAUCUACAACAUCAACCCCAGACGGUUAAUAAACCCCAGACCCUGGAUUCGAGUUCAAAUACCACUGUAACUUUAGCCCCUGGUGUGGCUACCCCACUAAGUUCAGCUAAGGGGCAUGUUGUUGGGGUGUUCACCCAAACUCAGACCCCUGCACACUCACAGAGCCCCAGAAUGAAUGCCAUUUCCAGGACUUCAGAGCAAAGGCCACCUAGUUCCACCACAGCAGUUUCAGCAGCAGGCACUGGUUUGGGACAAGACAAAGGCAAACAGAAAAUAAAGAGGAGUAGGCAGAGUCCAGACAAAACCAGUGGAAAGAAGCUCAAGGCCUGGCAGGCAGAGGAGCAUCAUGGCAACCCUGCAGGAAGACCCUCCUCAAACCCAGGAGAUACGAGCUCUCCUGAACCUAUGGACACAGGCAAGCCCACAGACAAGGGAACCAACAAGAGUGUCUUUGUAACAAAGGCUGCAGAAGCUCCUGUUUCAACGGGGAAAGCAGGAGAGAAGGACAAGCAUUCUGGGGGGGUUAGGGCACCGGGGCCCCUCCUGGUGGCCUCUCCCCCAGACCAGGACGGCAAUAGCAGGGACACAGCCCUGGACAACAAACCCAAGAAAGGCAUCAUCUUUGAAAUCUGCAGUGAGGAUGGCUUCCACAUCCGCUGUGAGAGUAUCGAGGAGGCUUGGAAAUCUCUGACUGAUAAGGUACAGGAAGCUCGUUCCAAUGCUAGACUCAAAGAGCUUUCCUUUGAAGGUGUGAAUGGACUGAGGAUGCUGGGAGUCAUCCACGAGGCAGUGGUCUUCCUGCUGGAGCAGCUGUACGGCUCUAGACACUGUCGCAGCUACCACUUCCGCUUCCACAAGCCCGAAGAGACCAGUGAACCUCCCAUCAACCCCCAUGGCUCGGCCCGUGCAGAAAUGCACCAGAGGAGGUCUGUAUUUGACAUGUUUAACUUCCUGGCCUCCAAACACCGCGAACCCCCAGACUACAGACCCCAGGAAGAGGAUGAGGAGGAAGGGCAGCUCAGGACUGCUAGGCGUGCCUCUGUGGAGCUUCCCCUGGCUGUGAGGUUCAAGCAGCUCAAGACAACCUCCAAGGAAACUGUAGGAGUCUACAGAUCACCCAUUCAUGGUCGAGGUCUGUUCUGCAAAAAACCCAUUGAUGCUGGGGAGAUGGUAAUCGAAUAUUCUGGCAAUGUCAUUCGCUCUGUGCUCACCGAUAAACGGGAGAAAUAUUAUGACGGCAAGGGGAUUGGGUGUUACAUGUUUCGAAUCGAUGACUAUGAGGUGGUAGACGCCACGAUGCACGGCAAUGCGGCCCGCUUCAUCAACCACUCCUGCGAGCCCAACUGCUACUCGCGGGUCAUCACUGUGGAUGGCCAGAAGCACAUCGUCAUCUUCGCCUCCCGCCGCAUCUACUGCGGCGAGGAACUUACCUAUGACUACAAGUUCCCCAUUGAGGAUGCCAGCAACAAGCUGCCCUGCAACUGUGGCGCGAAGAAGUGUCGCAAGUUCCUCAACUGACACCCCAUCCAGACUGUCUGAAGAGAUCUGCAGGUUUCUCAAGUAGCAGUGCCACAUUUUAAUCCUCUGCUGUGUUCCAGGGACAUUUGUACCAGGGGUUUUGUUGUGGUACUGGCUACGUGAUGGUCGUCCAGUGUGCCCUGCCUAUAGAGGGCCACAGCUGCAGAGGGGGCACUAGCUCUAUCGCUGUUUCUACUGCUAGUGGUGUCAGAGCACAGCAGAGGCCAGAAACAGUGAUUAUGGAUCAUACUGUAUAUGCAGGAAGGGCCAUUGGAGGAGGAGGGGCCAUUCUAGAAAUGAAAACAUUAUUGUGCCUCCUUUUGUUUCGUUUACAUGUGGCAUGGGAGUAGUUUCAGCUUCAGAGGGGUGAGCUAUGAAAUGGCUUGAAAGAGCGUCCAUAGCAUUUCAGUUUUAACUUGAAUCUGUAUUUGGAUGAUAAAACGGUUGCCCCUUCAUAAGUUUUUACAUUGACCCAUCCUCCUAAAUUUUCUACAAAGAUUUGAAAUUUUUCUUUGAAGAUACGGUCCACCAGUGCUGUGCUGAGAUGAGAAAAAUAGAAGUAAAAUACGUAGAACUUGUACCAGAGUUCCAUUUUACACCAAAGUGCAAUUUGUUGAAGGGACUUGAAACAGUGAUUUUUAUUAGAACGAGCUGGGGAAACCUGUCAGAAUUUUUUUCCCUCUCACUGUCAUCUGUUAUUGAUGCACAUCUCCCUGUCUGAAUGUGCCCCGAUGCCUUCAGAGCUGUUAUGAUAUACUGGAACGUCCCCCUACUCAGGCUGCUUUUGGAAGCUCGUCGUGUGUGGAAGACACUGUAAAUACUAGCAGCUUGUCUAGAGCAGCCUGCCUGGAGCUGUACAGGUUGAAACACUAGGGGGAGUAGUAGCCAUUGAAAGGAAGAGAGAUAAAGGACUGAAAAAAGAGACAAGGAGGUAGAGUUGUAGAUUUGUUUCUUUAAAAAAAAAAGUGUUAUGUUGUUCAUGUUAGGUUGAUAUCUAGAGUUGAUACCUACCAAUGUACUUAAAUUGAGUUUUUAGUCUGACAACUUGGUAGCUACAUAUAUAGACAUGUUAUUGAUUGGAUUAAGCUUCUGGCCUUGAGGAAUCGAGGCAGCUGGAGAUUCUGGUGGACUGACAGCCAAGGGACUGGAGAACUCUACUGAUGUGCUUUAGUAGUCGUAUAUUUAUAAUUGAUUUUUAUUUGGAGCUGUGAUCAAGAAAGAGCCAUGGAUUUUGUGUAAUGAGAAACGUGCAGGCAGUAGUAUUGCAGGUUUGUGCAUGCUGUUGUUAUCAAACUUGUUUUUGGUAAUUCUAUUAGCUUGGACUUUCGAAUGACGUUCCAAAUUACAACAGCAUAGAAAACCAAACAUCACCCCAUUGAAUUGAAUUUCCACAGAGCUUGUUUCCUUCUUGGCCUAUUGUGAUAACUAUUACUAUGGAAAAAUGUUUUUAUUUGUAUGGUAUUGAGUCUUUUAAAGUCUUGUCUGUUAUCCGUCUUUCUUAUUAUGGACAGGGAAAUAUCAUGCUUGCUUUUAAAAAGAAAUGUAAAUAAUGUAUAUUUUUCUACACAAAAAAACUAAAAAAGCACUCACUAGUGAAUAGCACUUAAUGAUGGUAUUUAUAUUUUUAAGAAAUCGUAUUUAUUUUAUUGCCAUUUUUGUAGGAAAUAGAGGUUUACAAACACUAAUGCUUGGUCUCUGCGUUUUGUAUUCAGCUGCCUUUUCAAAGCUGUUUUUGUUGUAAUUCUUUUUCUUUCUUUUUUUCCUUUUUCUUUUUUCAUUUUAUUUGUAGCCUGAAUGUUUUCUUUGAUUCCAAAGACUGACGCUGGUCUGUGGCUUGGUCCCAUUGAGUUCAGUCCACCAGUAGCUCUCUAUCCAAGGCUGAUGGGUUUCAAUGUUCCAAUCCUAGCUGGCAGCAUGGCAGUCAUUUGAAUUAUUAUGCACUUGAGAGAGUAUAGAUUGUUGAUCCAUGUGAAUAGCAGAUAUAUCUCCUCUCUCCAGCCUUAAUGUCUCCACACCACAUCAUACUGAGAAUCAAGUCCACUUUGAGGCUGCUACCAGGCAGCCGUAUCAAAUUUAAGUUUUCUUGUCACUAAUAGUGGAAAGAGUCCACAGGCUGACAGCCAAAACAGACUUAGACUGGCAAUAGUUGAGCCAUCCAGUUUAGUAAAAUGCAACGCAGUCCCACAUCAGUUCACAGUUUCCCGAUUCCCAUCGAUUGUUGUCCCUCUGCAGACCCGGUCUCUAAUGAAGAGGUGCCUUCAUGUUGAUGCUCCAAACAGCAUUUGUCAUAUCUCUCGUCAGCCAAUCCGUAGAUUAAACACAAAUUGAAGAAACCACUUUUAUAACCAGUGCUCUCGGUGCAUCUGGAAAUAACUUAUCUUUUUAUUUAUUGUCUUUGUGGUUUGCCUUAGUUGUGACUGAGCAACGCCUCACAUUGUACAAGCCUAUUUGUCCUGGUGUUUUUGGUAAAUUGUGAACCAGUGUGCAGCUUAAACUCUGAGGCAAAAUUUUAUAAUGAGGCUGUAGGCGACUCAGGCCAGUUACUUUUCAAUUUACGUAUUGUUUUGUAUCAUCCAUGCUGACUUUGAUGCUACCUAAAGGCCAUUAGUAGAGUGACUCCCACACUGCCCCCUCAUUGCAAACGGUUGCAAAUCGAAGCCGAAGCAUUGCCCGUUACAUUGAUUGCACUUCAGCUGUGACACAGGCACUGAAUAAACAUAGGAGAACAGCUCAGCUUUCUCUUCAGGCAGUUUAGUUCCUAUGUUGAAACCACAAGCACAGUUGAUCCUUGAUAAUGCAUUCAGUUAGUUUGUCUUUUAGGCCCCAUACAGAAAACACAUUUAAAAAAAAAAAAUGAAUUUAGGAUUGGUCUUGAUGACCCCUGAACGUGGCGUUGAGGCCCUAGCGAAGUGCACUUGACUUUCUGUAACAAAGUGAAGGCAGGGACCACGCCAGCAGCCCUCUCCUUCCUCUCGGUGCAGUGUGUAUAGCCAGGGCUUUGCUUAUCCAUGUAUGAUCCCAGUUCAGGUCUGGUUGGGUCCAGCUCCCUGACCCUGUGAUCCCCUCUCCCCCUCCCCAAACACACACCUGCCCCCACUCUGACUGACAGGCUAGCCUUCUGGCUGUAAAGCUGCACCUACAUUGGGCUCGCUGGGUUCUGCUGCUAAGGUCAACAAUGAAUGUAUAAUCCUCCUACGCAUCACCCGAGCUGUGAUGAUUAUGCUUCAAUGCUUUGUGAGCUACAUUUUGUUUUGAGUUCUUGUGUAAAACAACCACGGUAGAUAUGGAAAAGAUGCACGGAUUUGACCUCAUAGGGGACAGCAGCUGUUUGCUUUGGUUUGUUUAAUUUCAGCACUGGGAAUAUACUGACGUGUGAACAGUGAUGGCAUUUCAAUCUUUAGAACAACUGGUUUCACUGAGUUAGCUAACAGUUCACGCUCGCAUCUGUAAUAAUGGGUUUACCGAUGCCAAGGGCUCUGUCUAUGACUCUCUCUCUCUCUCUCUCUCUUCUCGAGAUUCACUACUGCAGUUUCAGUCAGAGGGUUCAGUAUCCAGUGAACAAUAACAACAAGUCAUUUAUUUCAGUGUUUCAAUAGCAUAUAUACAGUAAGGAAAUAGUCUCUGUUGUCUGUUUGGACUUCAUUUUACCACGCCACAACAGUGGCCCUUCUCCUUCAUUAUCUGUAAUUAUAGUAUAAAUACAUAACAAUAUUAUACGGAAACAUGCAUAGUAAUUUCUUGUACUUUAGUAUCUAUACAAUAUAUGGAAUGGACAGACAAACUUAGUUACAGUAGCAAAUCAGCAGAUUUAUAAUGGUUAAUAGCAAUGUUUCAAUGUACUCUGUAAUGGUUUUGUGUUACAGUACUAUCAACUUAGAUGAAACUAACGUACAUCAUUCUUUUGUAUAUUGAUAGCCAGUACCACUUUUCCUGUGCCUGUGAAUGUUCCUUUGCCAACACGGAACAUUGCAGUUCUCUCUUUCUUUUUUCUUUUCCUUUUUUUUUUUCCUUUUUCUUUCUUGAAAGGAAACGGUAUUUAUGUGAUGAGAAAUGUAACUGUAUUAAUGUGGUUGUGAACUUCUUGAGGUCAACCUUUUUUUUUUUUUUUCCUGAUUGUUGUAGUGAAUGUUUUUAUGUUUUUCUUUGUACAUUUUAACAGGGACUUUUAGACUGCUUACUUGAUGUGGUAUAAAUUGAGUCUGGUUUGCGGAGACUGACCAGGAAUUAAAAAGAGAUCCCACCAAAAUGACUUUUUUUUUCUUUUUCUUUUUUUUUUUUCUUUUUUUUUUUUCAUUUUGGGCCCUCUCACGUCUCCCUGACCACCUCUCCUCCGAAGCUUUGGUUGUACUUAUCAUGUACUGUUUUAUAGAAAGUGAUAAUGCUGAAAUGAUGAUAAUGAAAACAUUUAAUUUAUUUGAACUGAAUUGUUCUUUUACGAGUCAAGGUUUGGGAGAAGUUGGACGUGUACUUAACAUGUAUUUGUAAUUUUCUAAUUGUUUCUUGUGUAUAGAACUUAUCAGCCUAGGAUGGGAUGUGGUGUCACAGACGGAGGAGAUGGUAGGACUUGCAAAAAAACAACAACAAAACAAACAAGGAGGGGGUUGAUCGUCGAUGAACAGGCUCGUUUCUUAUGCCUUGAAUAUACCUUUGUCUUAUCAAUUUCCUCCUGCUCUCUGUAAUAACAAUAUCCAUGAUUGCGACAGUCAUAUUUUUCCCGUUCAUCAGUGUUCUCUCAGUACGCAUCACCGAAAUGAAGGAAAACCACCACCGUUUAAAAACAAACCGCAGACUACUUAAGGUUGAAUGUAUAAUUAGGAAACAAAGUUGUACAUAAAUGUAAAAAGAAAGUUUCUAAUCAUGUUUAUUUUCUAUGCACUUUUUUAUUUAAGUGAUAGUUUAAAUAAUAAACAUGUCUCCUUUACUCUU